GAAUGCGAUAGCAGGCCAACUACAACUCCACUACAUCGCUCUCCCGCCCCCGCGCAUCCCGCACCUCGCGCGCGCUCUACCUAUCCACGCACGCACGCACGAACACACCAGCACAGCCAUGGACGGCGCCGGCAACGGCCGCAAGAAGCUCAAGCACCGCCUGGCGGCCAUCCUCUCCGUCUUCUCCCGCCGCUCGGGCGGCAGGAAGCGCCGCGACGAUGCGGCCGCGCCGCCGCCGCUGGCAUUGCCCUCCUACGCACGCGUAGGAGCGGGAGGCAACGGCAAGAAGGUCGGCGGGCAGCACGACCGCCGCCUCUCCGUCUCGGCGCGGCGCGCCGUCCCGCUGAUCCGCAUCACCAUCGACUGCGCCGGCCGCCGCUCCGUCGACGCCGCCGACCCGUCCCUCCUCGCGCCGCUCGACGCCAAGAACAUGGAGACCAGCGAGUGGGAGGGCCGCCAGUGCCCGCCCUCCUCCCCCUUCCCCGUCGCGCCCCUGCCACCGCUGCCAAAGUGGACCAAGGACCGGGCCGGCACCACCACCCGCCGCCUCUCCACGCACUCCUCCCGCAGCAGGCUCCUGAUGAGCAGCUCCUCAUCCGACGACGAGUACGACGAGCAAUCCUCGCGGAACCUCUUCUCCUCCCGGAGCUUCUCCUCCGACUCCUCCGACUUCUACAACUGCCCGCGCAACAAGACCACCACCAGAGCGCGCGCCUCCGUGUCCGGCCCGCCGUGCCGCGCGCCUGCCUCCAGCGCGCGCCGUGGAGCGUCGCAGAGCUGCCGCUACAGCUUCGAGCUGCCCCGCGGGUCCACGGCGUCCGACGGCGGGUUCGCGGUCGUCAAGCGCUCCGCGGACCCGUACGAGGACUUCCGCAGGUCCAUGGAGGAGAUGAUCGCCGGGUGGCCCGAGGGCGGACACGGCAUCCAGGGCGAGGAGCAGGACGCGGAGGGGCUCCUGGAGACGUACCUCGUGCUCAACUCGCCGCGGCACUACCCGGCCAUCCUCGCCGCCUUCGCCGACGUGCGGGAGACGCUCUGCCCGUGAACUCUAUUCAAUCGGCUGUGAUGUUGAUAGAAUUAACACUUUCGAUCGAGCGAGACUGAUGGCGCAAUAUCGAGUGGGACAUUGUCCGACUUACGUGCAUUGUCUCUGUCAUCGCUGAAUCCCGGCCAAGGUCGCUAACUUGUGCUUAAUUUGGAGUUCCGCGCUCCGUAGUAGUAUCUGUCAGUGGUAUUGGUAGUGUACUGUACUACCUUAGUUUCUGGUUGUUAACUUUUAGGAUUUCUACGAUUUUACCUGUGUUUCGUGUAAAUAUGUGAUUGUAUAUUUAUGAAUUAGCAAUGCCUAACACUUAUCUUUCGUGUUAAUAAGAAAAAAAGUAAUACUCUAUGAACAGUCAA